UUUUUUUUUUAAGUUUAUAAGUCAGCCUCGAAAGGUAUAUCUAAGCAUCUCCAAAGUCUAAUAUAAUUUAAAUAUUUAUUACCCCUCAGCAAGCAAAGCUUUAUUAAGUUAAUAUUAUUAUAGUUAGCUGCCUUAAUUGCAGCCUGAACCUAGCUGCAUAUAACCCAGCUGGAGAGCCUUGCUCUUCAGCUGGCCCCAAUCUUCUUCCUGCAACCCACUUCAAAGGCCACUCUUUCGCCGACCCCUGCAGCACGCUUAAAUCAUCCACUGCGCAGUAAGUGAUCCGAUCCGACUUCUGAUUGCAACCGCUAACAGUAUCACAGCUGCACCGUAAUGAUGCUCAGAAGAAGCCUGCAGAUACCUGAUCCCGAUGAGCCUUAUCUAACAAAAGGCCACGAUGUGAUCGAUAUGAUCGACCAAGCUAUCAAGGAAGAUGAUUACGGCGAGCUUCGUGAUAUGGCGAUGGAAAUCGGAAUAGACUGGGGAAAAGAGGAUAAUGCCGGCCGCAUUAGAUUAGCAAUCUUUGGUUGCGAGAUCCUCCUGCUAUUAUGGCCUUGCUAUCAGCUAAUUAACAAAGGCUUCCUUAAUCGCGAGAUAGAGCUGCUUUGUAAGCUAGAAGGGAAGUUACUCAGAGAGGUAAAUCUAAGCCGGAGGGAAAGGGAAUUCAUUAAGGCCCUUCGCCUGGGCGGCUUGCACGAUAAGUAGCUUAAGGCCAUCCAGUGGCAGGCCAAGAAGGUACUAGAGAAGACUGAACCUUAAUAAC